AUGUCGAGCUCAUCUUACGGCGAGCUCAAUCCGUACGAGGAAGCUCGGCUAUACACCAACAACCAUGAUCGAGAACGCUAUGAAAACAUGGCGACACUCUUCAGUCUCAUUGUCACCCUUGACUACCUCGAACGUGCCUAUGUGCGCGAGUCGAUCUCGGAAAAGGAAUACGCACCAGCAUGCACUCGGCUGCUUGCACAGUACAAGACCAUGCUCAAACUCAUCGUCGAUCAGGAGAGGAACUCGUCCAGACCCAUCAACGACCUUGCCGACUUCAUGCGCAUCUACAAGAUGAACUACCUUGCAGCAGUGCAUCGUCUCAACGUCGGCGUACCAGCCACGGUGGAGCACGCAUCCUCCUCGUCCUCACAAACAUCGUCCGAAAGAGCCAAAUGGGUCGCUGAGACGACACAAAACUUUAUUACAUUUAUGGACGCUCUCAAGCUCAAGUUGCGGGCCAAGGACCAACUACAUCCCAUGCUCAGCGAACUCAUGCGCGGGUACAGCCGCAGCGAUGACGCAGGGAAGGACCAGGACGCUAGCGAUACGCGCGCAAAGCUGCUCAAGUGGCUCAUCACGCUCAACCAGAUGAAGGCGAGCGACGAGAUCGACGAAGAUCAAGCGCGUCAAAUGCUCUUUGAUGUCGAAGGCGCGUAUAACAGCUUCUUCCGCGCAUUACAGGACUAG